AUGAAGUGGUUUUAUCUCGCCUCCGCGCUCAUGGCGCCCUCCCAAGCCGCACUCCGAUUCGGAUGCGCGACUCUGAGUAUUCAGCGCCUCGACCCCGUUGUUCAACCUGGCAUCGUUCCUUCGACUCAUCUCCACCAGAUCGUGGGUGGAAAUGCAUUCAAACCGAACAUGUCGGGCGAUGUCGGUAACCAAGGCACCUGCACGACAUGUGUCUUCUCCGAGGACUUCUCCAACUACUGGACCGCUGUCAUGUUCUUCAAGCAUGAGAACGGCUCAUACCAGCGUGUGCCAAUCAUGGAGAACGAUGCGUUGCCUGCCGGCAUCAACGGCGGAAUGACGGUCUAUUAUACGCAGCAGGAUUUCUUCUCCAACGGCAACCAGAAGAUCACUUCUUUCCAGCCUGGCUUCCGCAUGACAGUCGGCGAUGUCACAUCUAAGGAGACACACACGGGUCUGAAAUUCGUUUGCCUCGACACCAAGUCAACAAGAUUCCCCGAGCUUCCCACCUUCCCCACUCAGCCUUGCAAGGGCGGAAUCAUGACGGUCCACCACUUCCCAUCAUGCUGGGACGGCAAGAACCUCGACAGCCCCGACCACCAAUCGCACAUGUACAACACAGCCAACGAAGCCUUCCAACCCGCUGGCCCCUGCCCGGCCUCUCACCCAGUCCGCAUGCCCCAGGUCGCCUACGAGACUCUCUGGGACACAGCCAAGUUCAGCAGCAUGUGGCCCAAGGACGGCUCGAACCCAUUCGUCAUGAGCUACAACGACAACCUGGGCUACGGCACCCACGCCGAUUACGUCUUCGGCUGGAAGGGCGACGCCCUGCAGCGCGCAAUGGACAACUCAUGCAUGUUCAAUGCCUGCGAAAAUGGAAGACCGCUGCUGUCGCAGGGUGUGACUGAGAUGAACAAGUGCGCGGUGCAGUCGACGGUCAAUGAGAAUAUCGAUGGCUGUAAGCCAAUAUUCAUGUGCUACUCUACCAAGGUGACGCUAACAACUUUUUUUUAUUAGGGCUCAGCGAGCUUCCCGGUAUGUCGUCGAUGUAAGGCGGUCCUGAUUUGCUGUGUUGAGGUUGCGGGCUGUGCCGGUUGAGCGAUAGCAACUAUUGCUUUCCUGAAAGAGGAGGAUUCUUAUAGAGCGAAGCGACGAUUGGUUGAAUUCAAACACAUUAUCCCCUCAUUGCUCUGAACCACACCUGAGAUGUUCGAUCUUUCACUUCACAUCUGAAAUCUUGAAACCA